CAAAGCGCGAAGACGUCGUUUGUUGUUUAUUUUCGAGCUGCUCUUUUUUUUGUCUUGCCUUGGCUCUUUGUUUAUUUUUUUGUUUGGGGCUUCAAGUCGCGUUCGAGCACCGUUUAUUUUUACUGCCUUUUCGUUGAGGGCUUGUGAUUGAAAUUCUGUCGGCAGUACCAUCGUGGGGUUCAAAGAAGUGAAAAGCAAUCGAGGAAGCAACUCUAAAAAUUCACAUAAUUGGAGUUAGCGAUUCCGAAACGCUUCGAAUGAGUUUGGAACGCCUUGAAAAAAACGUCAAGCAGGCCAGGCAAUUGCCAUAUGCAGCUAAGCAAUUGUGGAUCGAAUUCAACUUAAGUCAAUUGUGCCACAACCGAGCCACCUGAGUGUUUUCCCGAAGGUCGACCGCAUCUUUACAGGCUUUCUACUCUGCGUCACUGGCUCAAGAAUGUGUUAAUUCGGUGAUUCGACAACAACAACCGCGACUUCAGCCUAUACAGCGACAACAACAGUUUUGCCGCCUGACGACAUAAGAUUUGCAUAAAAAAGUAAACAAACGCGGUUCAUAAAAACGAGAAAUAAAAGCUAAAGAUAAAAUCAAAACAAAAUCAGUUCCAUAUAUUGAAAUCCGAAAAGUUAAACAUCACUUAUUAACUAUUGGAUUUAGUGAACAUAAAUUAUGUAAAAAUAAAACAAAGUAAUUAAUGAGCCAUAUAAUCAUGACAAAAACGAAGUAAUACCGCUUAAAAAAUUCAUUGUUUUGUGUCUAGUACAUCUGUAUUACAUAUUUUUUUAAUAUUUUGAAUGUUAUCAAAGCUCUCUAUGCCGACAUAACCAAAAAUAUAGAUUAGAUUGUUGGUUUUAACGACCUUUUUGAAUUAAUGAGGUCUAGUUGGGUUUCUUUAGCUUGUUUCCCUGAAGAUCUCCUCCAGAGAAGAUUGAAAUAUAUUGGGAACAAGCAAAAAUAAAGCACUCAGACCUCAAGCCAGCUUAACCAACUGAUAAGUGAAUCUUUAAGAACUAAAACCUCAUACUUAUGACCAUUUUUGUUGUAUUUCUCCCUGUAAAGCGAAACGGAAAAAAACAAAGUAAUGGGAGUACGACCGCAUCGUAAGCGUAUGGAGCUGAUCUUGAUGGUUCUGAUCGGGAUGGCAUGGGGUGUUCUUCUGUCGGCGUUGAUGAAACGGGAUCGCUGGCAGUAUCGCGGGGAUCAGCUGAAGGAGGAAAGCAGUCCCUUUCCAAGCAGUCACAGGAGCUUCCGUAGUCCCGCCAUCACAACAACUCAUCCGCAUCCGGAUAUCCUGCCCGCCCAUCUCUUCAACGAAACACGAAUUCUGUGCAUGGUAAUGACCAGUCCCAAAACCCACCAAAGUCGCGCCAUCCACAUCCAACGUACCUGGGGAACGCGCUGCAACAAGCUGAUCUUCAUGAGCACCAAGGCGGAUAAGCAACUGGGUUCCGUUGUCCUCAAUGUGAGGGAGGGCUAUUCGAACUCAUGGCAUAAGACGCGUGCAUCGUUGGAAUAUGUCUAUAAACAUCAUUUUCAUAAGUACGACUGGUUCCUAAAGGCAGAUGAUGAUACCUAUGUCAUAAUGGAAAAUCUACGUGCCUUUCUAUAUGCCUACAGUCCGAAGACCCCAGUGCUAUUUGGAGAUAAGUUUCAAACGCAUGUCAAAGAGGGCUACACUUCUGGAGGAUCUGAUUAUGUCCUGAGCAAAAUGGCCCUACAUCGUCUGAUAAAUCAGGGCUUUAGCAACAGCAGUAUCUGUACCAACCGGAAUUACGGCUACGAGGACGUGGAACUAGGACGAUGUUUAACAGCGGUGGGCGUAGAGACUGGAGAUUCCAGGGAUGAAGACGGAUUGAGCAGAUUUAUCCCCAUCUCACCGCUGCACUGGUACUCGCAGGCGCUGCUCUACAAUACGACCCCAGAUAACACCAACGAUUGUUGCUCCAGCACGGCCAUCUCAUUUCACUUUAACAACGCCCUGGAGUUUUACAUGCUGGACUACGUAGUCUACAAACUAAGAACAUUUGGCAUAACUAAUGUUCAAGAUCUUUUGCCAUCUAAAAAAUCCAUUUUGGGUACUAAGCAAUCUUGGAGCGCUUUUCAUACCAAAAAAAUUGAACUUCACAAAAACGCUCUCAACAAAAUGUUAUCCGAAAAAAACGACACAAAGCCAAAAGCCGAAACUAAGCCAAAGCCCAAAUCAUAAUCUUUCUAGCACCAAAAUAGUUUAAUAUUGACUGCAAUAGAAAAUGCCAAAGAG